AGAGAGAGAGAAAGACGAGGAUCGACGAGGUGAUCCAGAGAACCAAGAGAAACGCAUUUGAGGUGAAACCAGCCUGUAGUGAACGGUGGUGGUGGUUGUGGUGGUUGUCAAGUAGUUGCACUUGACCCAAGUGCGAUUAAUUAAUUAUAAAAAUAAAAAGUAAAAAUGCCGAUGGUUUUUCUCGACCGCUUGCCGGUCCCGAGCUUACGCGCUUACACCUCGAUAAGCAUCGCGAUAUUGUCAUGUUCGAUUUACUACGCUGCACAAAUCGUCAAGGAUCCAGGAUGGCGGAACAAUCAUCCGAACUCCUUGGUCGCCGCUGUGGGAAACGCCACCGACAACAAUGCAUCGGCCAUUGUCGAUUCCAGGACCCUCGGUGUUCACAUGAGGGAACUUUUUGCCUGCAUGGUUCAGGAGCCGGGAUGCAUAUGGACGCUGAUAAACAUGGCGUACUGCGUAUUGAUACUCGUCGGUAAAUCUAUCCAGAAAUUGGUUUUCGGCGAGCUUCGAGUUUCCGAACGACAGCACCUUAAGGAUAAAUUUUGGAACUUCGUUUUCUACAAGUUCAUAUUCGUCUUCGGUGUACUCAACGUCCAGUACAUGGACGAGGUCGUGCUUUGGUGCGCCUGGUUUACGGCUCUUGGAUUUUUGAGCCUGCUGAGUCAGUUGUGCAAGGAUCGUUUCGAAUAUCUCUCCUUCUCGCCGACGACUCCCGGCUGGAGUCACGUCCGACUUUUGGGCCUCCUUACCGCCAUCCUGGCUCUUUCGUCAUUCAUGUUGUUGAUGUGCGUCGCGGCUGGUUUUUUCUUCGUAUCUUUCAACACGUUUGCUUUUAUGGCAGCCGAGUGCAUUCUAUUGGGAGUGAGAACGAUCCACGUUAUGCUACGCUAUGCGAUACAUCUGUACGACACCCGAGGAGCUGGUAACACAUCGCCACGUUCCUGGGAUAAGCGAGGUCCGCUAGCCUAUUACACAGAAUUAACUUCGGAACUUACCAUACUGGCCGUAGACUUCCUUCACCACGUUCACAUGCUGCUUUGGAGUAAUAUAUUCCUGAGCAUGGCUUCUCUUGUUAUUUGUAUGCAGCUCAGAUAUCUAUUCCACGAAAUUCAACGGCGUAUAACAAAGCAUAGAAAUUAUCUUGCUGUGCUUAGUCACAUGGAACAAAACUAUCCGAUGGCGUCGCAAGAGGAACUAGCAGAGAAUUCCGACAACUGUGCUAUUUGCUGGGAGAAAAUGGAAACUGCUCGGAAACUGCCUUGCGGACAUUUGUUUCACAACUCGUGUCUACAGUCUUGGUUAGAGCAGGACACUUCUUGUCCCACAUGCAGAUUGGCCCUGAGUAUGCAGGCCAAUCACAGGGAAAACGCUCCUGAAAUACCCUCCGAGUCCCCCACACCUGCACGUCGUAACGAUAAUCACUUCUUCCACUUCGACGGAUCCAGAUACGUCUCCUGGCUGCCCAGCUUCUCCGUCGAGGUCACCCACAACAGGAUCAGAGGCGAUAUUUCUGCCUUGGCGCACACCAACUCACAACUUGAUGCUAUGGCCAGACAAGUUCAACAAUUGUUUCCCUAUUAUCCUCGCAACGUGAUUCUCGAGGACUUGAGAGGGACUCGAUCGAUCGAAAUCACAAUUGAAAACAUUCUGGACAGUAGACUUUUGCCCCCGCACCACGUUAUUGAGGAACCGGAAGCGGAGCCUGCGACUACGACGCAAACCACGACGGCUCAUAUCUUGCCCAUUCCUUUGGUCCAGGACACCUUGGAUCCGAGACUCGAUAUACCAGCCGCUGAUAGCGGAGAAGAGCCGUCUAAUCUUGGCGGACGAUUCUCGAAAUCGUCAAUGGAAAGGGAAAGGAUCCUGCAGCGUAGGAAAGAGCACAUGCUUCUGACGGCUCGUCGGAAAUACUUUGAGAGACAUCCGCAUCAUAACGAGUCUGAUACAUCGUUGGACGUUUCGUCACCGGUGAAUCUGAACAACGUUACGCCGAGGAUAAGUCUUUCUCAUAACUGAAUAGAAGCCACCGCAAUGCUUGCCAGAUCGCAGUUUAUUAAUCUUUGACUAUAAAACACAGUUCAGAUUGUCGAUGCGAUCGAGCUGUGAAUGAUUUAGUCUAGACGAACUCUCUCGUUAAUUCAUCUCCGUUUUACAAAUUCGGUGGAGAAAGAGAGCGAGAGUGAGAGGGAGAGAAAGGAGAGAGAAAAAAAGAGGUAAGCUCACGAGGAGAGAAAAUCAUCAUUUUAAUACUCGCGCUGAGGGAUGAUAUCUACUGUUGGAGCCUCGCUGCUUUUCAUUUAAUGAUAAUAUAUGUAAAAAGAUUUAAAAAGUUUCACUGUUUUACCUACCAGAUUUAGCUUUGUGCGAUUUACUGCUCAUGACAAUGCGAGUUUUACACAAUUUCGAGGCCCGAGAAAUUUUUCUUAAUUCUGUUCGAUGGUUCCGAAGAAAGUAGAUCACUUUACGAUUUGCUACGGCUUCAACCAUUCAAUAUUUCAUCCAUACUCGAUGUGCGUCUGUCGCAGGGUUAUUGAUACACUUUGAGAAACGGUUAUGGAUAUUUCGUUGUACGGAUGGUUGUUUUAUUCUGAAUUUUAUCGAACCGAAAAUUUCAUUCUGAAGGCAUGGAAACUGUGAAGGUAUAAUAGACGUUCCUACAGUUGAAGAUUUUUGGCGGUUGCCCACAUACUGCGAAAUAGAUCAUUUUUAGCAUCGCAGACGUGCUUAUAAUGCUCUACGUGUACACAUAUGUUAUACCACCCAGUAAACACGACGUUAUACAUGAUCAACAAUGGCUCACUAAUAAAUUAAUAAAUGUUAUAAUGCGUGUUUCGGCAUAAUCGUUAAGACUUCAUUUAAUUUAUUCAAAAGACAAAAGAGAACAAUUUUUCUCCCUCAUAUUCUGAUGAUAUUGUACACUAUAUAUUUCGUCAUAAUAAUAGUUAGAUAAUUAGUUCUGUGUUUCACUAAUCAAAUCCCAGUUUCAAUCGCUUUCCGUUCGCUUUACGGAUCAUAGGGUGCAUUAUACUCUUGUCAAUUUCGGACCUGAGAAAUUAUAUGGUUGUCUCGUCAACUUUCACGUUGUUACUACUUAUGUAGCGAGUCCGAUCAAACUGUUUCUUUAUUCUCAACGAUUUUGUCUUCUACUUUAUUAUCACGAUUCCCUGUGUCCAGUCUACGUGUGAAAUUGCUAAAUAAAUGAAAAUGAACAAGUCGAGGGUACCCGACUGUAGAGAAAAAUAUAUUGAAUAAUUUUCUUGCGCAAGCAUAAUAGUACCUGAAGUGAGAUUAUAAAUCAUUUGAUUUUUACUUUUGAAAUUAAUAUCAUUUGGUUUUAUAAUUACUUUUAUUCUUACAAUCUUCCAUCUAUUUCACGUAAAUUUGCCAAAAAUUAUUUAGAAAAAAAAAAAAAAAUACACGUCUGUAAAUUGAAACAAUUUGCCAAAUGCAAUUGUUACGACUGUGGAAACGCGAAGUUUGUUUGAUCUUGAAAUUCUUGUGUGCAUCUGUAAUCAUUGUAUCAUCAUCCCCUACUAAUCUUAAGAACAGAGAGUGAGAGAGAGAUAGAAUAUUAGAAAAAAGUUCGCAUAUUUUGGUACCAUAGUUUUAUCGUUGCUUUCAACCAUAGAAGUUACCGUUGAGAUCUCUUACGACGUGUCUUUUACAUUAUUGACUUACUACUUUCGAGAAAGAGAACAUCUCAGCCCAUCUGCGUCCAAAAGAGGAUAAACGCGGAAUAAAAGGAGUUGCUUGAUUUAAAUUCGUAUAGAUAUUAUCGCGGCAAGCAUAGUUAUAUGAAGUAUCGUACCAAAUUUAGUUGAAAGCAUAGCAGCAGUAUAUAUAUACAGCAGUUGAGACAUGCGGUGACGUGAUAUAUCACGACAUAACAUAAUAUAAUACAUGUACCUAUAACAUCACUUGAUAUAGUCCUGAAGCAAAUGCUGAUUCCUUAGCUUUGUAGUAUGCUAUUUAUUUUUGAUUAAGAGAUAUAAUGAAUAAUUUAAAGAUUUAAAAAAAAAAUAUAUAUAUAUAUGAAAAUAAAAGUUGAAAAAAAUGUGCGAGUUGUGCAUAACUAUUUUUUUCUCUUUGUGUUUCAACGCUGGAUUUGAAGUUUAAAAAACGAUCCUAGCUUGUUUUUGUGAUACAAUUAAAGUCUACAUGUAAUGAACAUGUUUCUUAUAAUUAUUACUGUUAUUUUUUUCAUUAUUAUUGCUACUAAUAUUAUGUAAUUAUUUCGCAUAAUUUUUAUUAUCAUUUUCAUUUUGAGCUUGCAUAUUUAAUGUAUAAAAUGAUAAAUUUGGAAUAGAAAUUUUGUAUAGACAAUAGUGUUACACCAAUUUUUCACUCAUUUUCGUUUUACACUACUCUAUUUGUUUUACUCAAUAGUACGUUAUUGUAAACAAUUAUUCGAAUAUUUAUUUUCUAGACGUGAUAAGUAAUUAGUUAAUAAUAAAUAACUGAUAAUAAGGAUGAAAAGAAAGAAAAAUAGAUGAGUAUCAAGAAAAAAUAAAUAAAUAUUGUUGUGGAAAUACAACUCCUUGUGUAUGGCGAUAAGCCAGUUAGAAAAUAAAAUUGGGCUUUGUGUGCCAGUUUUUUAAAAACAUGAGUAGUCAACAUAUUUGAAUUCACGAUUUUACGAGACGCAGUCGAUUCCUUUCAAUAAAAAUUAAAUAUGAACCAGUACAGGAGGAAGCAAAACAAGAAAUGAAAGAACUCCAUAGACAAUAACGCUCUUCUUCAAGAUUUACUUAUUGCGUCCAUUAAUUGCGAAUCUGCGGUAGACAGUUGGUAAAAAAAAUUUAUUUCAAGAAUAUCGGUGAAUUACCCUAAACAUAAUUUGAAACUUGUAUUUAAGUUGACAACCGCAUAUUAUAUUAGAGUUUAAAUUUUGAAAAACUGUCACAAUAUCACUAAUAAGACAUAUUGUACAUCAGUUCCUCCAUGAUGUGUUGUAAAUAUAAAUUAAUUUAAAAUGAUUGCGGUGUUUUUUGUUCACGUUUACCCAGAAAUUAUGUGACACGGGCAAACAACAGGAGUACAGAACAAAAAGGAGAACUUAUCUGGUAUUAAAUAUGUUCAGCGUGCAGAAUUCACGAAUGUUCACCCUGAUAAGCAGAGCAACAAUUGCACUCGUAAAGAAGUUGAGCCAGUGUAGUAUAAAUGGAGAUUGCA